UCUAACCCAACCAACCCAUCGCUUACAUAUAAAAGCAGACGCUGUCUCUGGUAGGCGAAGAAGUAAGGUAGAAGAAGGCAAAAACGACGACGUAGAAAUGGCGUCGUCUCUCUCAACCACCAAGCAAUUCCUCGGAGCUCCGUCAUCUUCACGUCUCGGAUCGUUCCAGGCACCAUCCAAUCUAUCAUCUUCCAGCCUCCAACUCCCUGCUCGACGAUCGCACUCCAAACGCCUCGAGAUAAAGGCUGCUGGUAGUACAUUUGGAAAUUAUUUCCGCGUUACAACAUUCGGAGAAUCUCAUGGUGGAGGUGUUGGCUGCAUCAUUGAUGGAUGUCCUCCUCGGCUUCCCCUUUCGGAAUCUGAUAUGCAGGUGGAGCUUGAUAGGAGGAGGCCAGGUCAAAGUCGAAUCACAACGCCUAGAAAAGAGACUGACACCUGCAAGAUAGCAUCUGGUGUUGCUGAAGGGUUAACAACUGGUUCUCCAAUUAAAGUUGAAGUACCAAACACUGAUCAGAGAGGAAAUGACUACAGCGAAAUGUCACUUGCAUACAGGCCUUCACAUGCAGAUGCAACUUAUGACUUCAAGUAUGGAGUAAGAUCAGUACAGGGUGGUGGCAGAUCUUCAGCAAGAGAAACCAUUGGAAGAGUUGCUGCUGGAGCAGUUGCAAAGAAGAUUCUCAAACAGUACUGUGGAACUGAGAUUAUUGCUUAUGUUUCUCAAGUCCAUAAGGUCGUACUUCCUGAGGACUUGGUUGAUCCCCAGACUGUGACAGUAGAUCAGAUUGAAAACAAUAUUUGCCGAUGCCCAGAUCCUGAAUACGCAGAAAAGAUGAUAGCUGCCAUUGAUGCUGUUCGUGUAAAGGGAGAUUCUGUUGGUGGUGUAGUUACUUGCAUCGUCAGGAAUGCUCCACGGGGUCUUGGAUAUCCCGUAUUUGAUAAACUUGAAGCUGAGCUUGCUAAAGCUUGCAUGUCGUUACCUGCAACAAAAGGAUUUGAGUUUGGCAGUGGGUUUGCAGGCACAUUCAUGACUGGUAGUGAACACAAUGAUGAAUUUUAUAUGGAUGAACAUGGUAAAAUCAGGACAAGAACCAACCGAUCUGGUGGGAUACAGGGUGGAAUAUCAAAUGGAGAAGUUAUUAAUAUGAGAAUAGCUUUCAAGCCUACAUCUACAAUCUCAAGGAAGCAGAAUACAGUGACAAGAGACAAACACGAGACUGAGCUCAUUGCUCGUGGUCGACAUGAUCCUUGUGUAGUGCCUCGAGCUGUUCCAAUGGUGGAAGCCAUGGUAGCCCUUGUGCUUGUUGAUCAACUAAUGGCACAAUAUGCUCAAUGCAUGCUUUUUCCAAUAAACCCUGCAUUACAGGAGCCCCUGCAAUCAAACUCCGAGCCAGCAGCUGCUAAUGUUGCCCUUUGAAUGGUUGGUCGCAAAAUGCUGUCUACUUCAUUGCUAUGUUUUAGCUUUGCUUCACCCAACGUGUGCAAGUUUUGUUUGAAGGCUAUAUCAUACCACCAUACCUAUACUCUGAACACUCUAUUAUGUAUUAUUCGGCGAUUACAAUUGUAUUGCUUUUGGAUCUCUCUAUUAUAUUGUAGGUUGUUGAUUAAACACAGUGGCAGGGCUUGUAGGAAGAAUAAGGCCUUUAAUUGGCAAUUUUAGGUUUUUUCUACCAUUUUCACCGAGACCAAUUGAAUUUAUACUUUCUUUCA